AUGGCUGACCCUGAGACUCAAAUCGCCAUUGAUUCGGAUGCCGACUCAGCCUACAACGACGACGAUGCAUCAGAAACAACAUCGCUCAAAUCGGCUGUUCUCAGCUACAAGUACCGUAAUGGCAGACGUUAUCAUGCGUACAAGGAAGGCUCAUACUGGGGUCCAAACGAUGAAGAGCAAGCGGACCAAUUGGAUAUCUUUCACCACAUCUGCCUCCUCAUACUGGAUGGCGAGUUGAACCUAGCGCCCAUACCCAAGAACCCCAUGCAUGUAUUGGAUUUGGGUACCGGCACAGGAAUAUGGGCUAUUGAUUUUGCAGACAAAUACCCAUCAGCUGAUGUUCUCGGGACGGAUCUGAGUCCUACUCAGCCGUCGUUGAUACCCCCAAAUCUUCGAUUCGAAGUCGAUGACUUUACCGAGCCCUGGGUGUUUCGAAAAGAAAGCUUCGAUUUCAUCCAUGCAAGAUCUUUGUACGGCUGCAUUGCCGACUGGCCAGCCUUUUACAGAGAGGUUUUAGAUCACCUCCAGCCUGGCGCUUACUUUGAACAGCUCGAGAUGAGCGUUGUCUUAAAGUCCGAUGAUGGCUCUGUAAAGCCAGACUCUAUCUUCGAGCAAUGGGGCGAGAUAUCUCUCCUGCUCGGUGACAAGUUCGGUAAAACACUGCGUGUUGUGGACGAAGCCAAGGGCAACAUGGAAGCCGCUGGGUUUGUGAAUGUUGUUGAGCACCGCUGGAAGCUGCCAGUCGGUGGUUGGGCAGCAGACAGACGCUUCAAAGAGAUUGGCCAAUACAACAAGAUACACUGGGAUCAGGGCAUCGAGGGAUGGAGUCUUUAUCUCUUGACAACGGUACUAAAAUGGAGCAUCGAAGAAGUGCAGAUAUAUUUGGCUAAGAUGCGGACUGCGUUGAAAGAUCGCAAGAUCCAUGCCUAUCAAGAGGUAUCACUGGUUUACGCACAGAAGCCACCUCAUCCCUAA